UCUGUUUUCUAGCCGGAAUCAGAUAGUUCGAAGCUUUUUGAACUGUCGUUUUUGUUGACAACUCAAAGGAAACGACAUGUAAUUGAAUACUAGCAGCUCUGCGAAAAUUACCGUACAAAUCACGGCCUUUUUCAUUUCUCUAUACUCUUUUUUUUUUCCGCGAGAAAUUUCUGCUAAAACUUCAACUUCAACUUCAAUUUCCCUCUCUCUUAUUUCUGAAUUUUUCUCUCCGUCCAAACACAAAAUUAUCAUUCUCUCUUCAAACUGAAAAAACAAACAAGUUAAUUAGAAACGAAUUAACUCCCAACUAUCUUCAGUUUCCAAUUAUACCAAUCUUUUUUUUUUUCUUUUAACGAUUAUAAUCAAAUAGAAACACUCUCGAUCGAUUUUGAAAGCUCGAAUUAUAGUGGUGAUUAAGAGUAUCACAAGAGAUAGGGCGUGAGUUAAGUUGAGCAGUGAGAUGUUUUUCAGUGGUGAUCCAACAACUCGUAAGCGAGUUGAUUUAGGAGGUCGUAGCUCAAAGGAAAGAGAUAGACAGAAACUUCUAGAACAAACUAGAUUGGAGCGUAACCGUCGGUUAUGGUUACGACAACAGAAUGCAUCUGCAAUUAAAAUUCAGAAAUGCUUUAGAGGAAGAAAGGCUGUGGAAAUUGAGCGAAGUAAGGUCCGAGAUCAGUUCUAUCAAACCUAUGGGAAGCAUUGCCAAAAUGUUGACUGGCAUUGUUUUGGUCCAGAUUCAGAGUUCCUACGCCAACUAUUCUUUUUCUUUAAUGCACAAAAUAGUGGUGAUUUUGCUGUCCUCGUUGAGACCUGCCAACGGCUUCUGCAAUUUGUUCGAGAUGGUGGGGAUAUCAUUAGCCUGUUUGGCGGCAUAGACUAUUCGACAAAUCGUGCUUUAGUGGACUACAGGGUGAAACAACUUUCGUUCUGCUGUAUUCAGGCUGUAUAUCAAAAUAGCAGAGAACAAUUGAAGAAUCAACUUUUGAUGACACCGUGGGAAUCUAGCGAACCGGUAGCUGUCUUGCUAGAAGUUGUAGUUCUGUUGAUAGAUCAAAAACUUCCAUGGGCAUGUAAGAUUGUUGGAUACCUUUUCCAAAGAAAUGCCUUCAAUCUAUGUAGAGAAAUUGUUCUUGUGGCGAAGGAAAAUAUGAAGGCUUGCAAUUUCACUGGAAAAUUAUCUUCACUGGAGCGCAUGCUUUCUCUUAUAAUUUCUCACAUUGGUCAGAAGCCAUGUAUUUGCCCACAUAUUGAUCCACAAUGCAGUUUCUUCUCUCAGAUUCUGACAAUUCCUUUCUUGUGGCGGCUUUUUCCAAGUUUGAAAGAGGUUUUUGCAACUCGGGGGCUGAGCGAACAUUACAUUCAUCAGAUGGCACUUUGUGUGGGGGGCAAUGCUAAUGUAUUGCCGAAUGAUGUUUCAGUAGAAUAUCCUGGUUAUGCUUGUCUCCUUGGGAAUAUGUUAGAAACUGCUGGAGUUUCUUUAUCUCAGCCUGAAUGCUCGUUUGAUAUGGCUAUCAAUUUUGCGGCUGUUGCAACAUUCUUGUUGGAGACCCUUCCUCCCAUAGUAUCAUCAAGUCGAGAAAGUAAAGAAAGCUCUGCACUGGAUGAGGAUGAUGGCAUUCCAGAUGAUAUGGAAAUAGUAAUGAAUAGAGAUUUGGAACAACAGAUAACCAAUGCUAUAGAUUCACGCUUUCUUUUACAAUUGACAAAUGUCUUAUUUGGAGGACUUUCAGUUCUUAGUGGUUCUGAGUAUGGUCUAGAAGAAAAAGAGAUUAUGGCUGUUGGUGCUGCAUGUGCUUUUCUGCACGUCACUUUCAACACUUUACCUCUUGAACGGAUCAUGACUGUACUGGCUUAUAGAACUGAUCUAGUUCGAGUGCUUUGGAAUUUUAUGAAGCAGUGUCAUGAAAAGCAAAAAUGGUCAUCCCUGCCUGAGCAAUUAUCACAUCUCCCAGCUGAUGCACCUGGCUGGUUACUACCUCUGGUUGUGUUCUGCCCUGUAUACAAGCACAUGCUUACAAUAGUUGAUAAUGAGGAGUUCUAUGAACAGGAGAAGCCACUAUCAUUGAAAGAUAUCCGAUGCUUAAUUGUUAUUCUAAGACAGGCCUUGUGGCAACUCCUAUGGGUGAACAUGAAUCCCACAGCACACAACAGUGCAGUGAAACCUAUAACAAACAUACCUGCUUACAAGCGGAACCCGGUUGAAUCGGUUAAACAGAGAGUUAGUGUUGUAGCUUCUGAACUCCUCUCUCAGUUGCAAGAUUGGAACAAUAGACGACAAUUUACUCCACCUAGUGACUUCCAUGCAGAUGGUGUUGAUGAUUUCUUUAUUUCUCAGGCUGUGAUUGAAGGAACCAAAGCAAAUGACAUAAUGAAGCGAGCUCCUUUUCUGGUACCUUUUACAAGCAGGGUUAAGAUAUUCAAUUCACAACUAUUAGCAGCCAGGCAAAGACAUGGUUCAAAUAGUGUUUUUACAAGAAACAGAUUCAGAAUACGACGGGAUCGUAUUCUGGAAGAUGCCUAUAAUCAAAUGAGUACAUUGUCUGAAGAAGAUCUCAGAGGAUUGAUUCGUGUUACAUUUGUCAAUGAGUUUGGAGUUGAGGAGGCUGGCAUCGAUGGUGGUGGAAUAUUUAAAGAUUUCAUGGAGAACAUUACUAGAGCGGCAUUUGAUGUGCAAUAUGGUUUAUUCAAGGAAACAGCCGAUCACCUACUCUACCCUAAUCCUGGCUCAGGAAUGAUCCAUGAACAGCAUCUUCAAUUUUUCCAUUUUCUUGGAACACUUCUAGCGAAGGCUAUGUUUGAAGGAAUUCUUGUGGAUAUACCAUUUGCGACCUUCUUCUUGAGCAAAUUAAAGCAAAAGUUCAACUACCUUAAUGAUUUGCCUUCGCUGGAUCCAGAAUUAUAUCGCCAUCUAAUUUUCUUGAAGCACUAUCAAGGUGAUAUUUCCAAUUUGGAACUCUAUUUUGUCAUUGUAAAUAACGAAUAUGGUGAGCAAACAGAAGAAGAGCUGCUUCCUGGAGGAAGAAACUUACGUGUCAGUAAUGAGAAUGUUAUUACUUUUAUUCAUCUUGUAUCCAACCAUCGCUUGAAUUUCCAGAUACGGCAACAAAGUUCUCAUUUCUUGAGGGGCUUUCAACAGCUUAUACAGAAAGAUUGGAUCGACAUGUUCAAUGAACAUGAACUUCAGCUCCUGAUAUCAGGUUCACUAGAGAGCUUGGACGUUGAUGACCUUCGUCACCAUACCCAUUAUGCAGGAGGUUAUCACAGUGAGCAUUAUGUCAUUGAGAUUUUUUGGGAGGUUCUCAAAAGCUUUUCAUUGGAAAAUCAAAAGAAGUUCUUAAAGUUUGUGACUGGUUGCUCUCGAGGGCCGUUACUUGGAUUUAAAUACCUGGAGCCAUUAUUUUGCAUACAGAGGGCUGCUGGCAGUGCUUCUGAAGAAGCUCUUGACCGCUUACCAACAUCAGCUACUUGUAUGAAUCUUCUAAAGCUUCCACCUUAUAGAAGCAAAGAGCAACUGGAAACAAAAUUGCUUUAUGCUAUAAAUGCCGAAGCUGGUUUUGACUUGAGCUGAUAGAUUGUGUUUGGAUAUUACCAAGUGGGGAAAAAACCAGUCUAGUUACCUUGUGAUGGCCAUCAUAAUCCCUGUGCUGAUGAGCUUUUAUGACUGCCAAGUGCUGUGCCGGAGACGAGAUUUGUGGAAGCCCAGAGUGAAGGCAGAUCAGAACCAAGUUCUCCUCUAGACUGAAAUGAAGGCACAGUAGGUAAUAAUUAGAUAUAUGACAUGGUCAAUCUCCUUGAGUGGCUUCAAAUGUACAUAUAUCGGGACUUUCAGCGGUAGAUGUAAUGUAUGUGAAGCUUGUACAUGGCAGAGCUUUCAAAGAAUUAACUCCUGUUGAGAGCGAAUGACUGUAUCUUUGUCAGAAAUGCCGUUUUAUAUUGUGUUUGUAAAUGAGAACGUUUAGUCUCUUGUGACUUAGGUCCUUACAAAAGCUACAGUGUAUAUAGUCUUCAUAUUUUCAUGGUGUUAGCAAACUUUAUAUAUGAUCAUUUAGCAGCGAGGUAGAAAAGGAAUGAUGUUUGGACUGUCCAAAGCUUAUAAAAUCAAGGGAACAAAAAGGAGGAAACUAUACGUUGUCAUGCUUUAGUUAUUUCAGACUUCUUGAUGUCAUUCUUGGCAUCCAUGAAUAAGUCUCUGUUCGAUAUAUAAUGGGAAUGGCCCUUUUAUGCU